AUGAUGCCUCUAAGACCAUCAAAAAGUGCCCUGCGCGCUCUGCACUACCAGAGGUAUAUGGCCUCUGGAAGAAGGUCCUUCACUUCUUCUGCUGCGGUCUCGACGCCCCACCGCUUUUCGUCUCAAAAGCGCGAUCAGAGCACAGCAACAGCCACCGCUACUACUUCAAGACCCAGACCCAGUCCUGCUUUCAACUCAGAACCCUCCCGCAAUGAGGUAUCGCCUCUUCAAAACCGACAGCUCCCCGAGCUGGAUGACUCGUUUGUCGGACUCAGUGGUGGAGAGAUUUUCCACGAAAUGAUGCUACGCCUGGGUGUGAAGCAUGUCUUUGGUUACCCUGGUGGUGCCAUCCUACCUGUCUUUGAUGCGAUCUACAACUCGAAGCACUUUGAUUUCAUCCUGCCUCGACACGAACAAGGUGCCGGCCAUAUGGCGGAGGGUUAUGCCCGCGCUUCAGGACUUCCUGGUGUCGUCCUCGUCACAUCUGGCCCUGGUGCUACUAAUGUCAUUACCCCAAUGCAGGAUGCUCUUUCCGACGGUACGCCGAUGGUCGUCUUCUGUGGCCAGGUCGUGACCACUUCUAUUGGUACCGAUUCUUUCCAGGAAGCCGACGUGGUUGGUAUCUCCAGAGCCUGCACCAAGUGGAAUGUCAUGGUCAAGUCUGUUGCCGAACUACCCCGUCGUAUUCAGGAAGCUUUCGAAAUCGCAACCAGCGGCCGUCCUGGACCCGUCCUUGUCGACCUUCCCAAAGACAUCACGGCUGGUAUCCUCCGUAAACCCAUCCCAAUGCACAGCACCCUUCCCUCCCGCCCAAGCGCCGCAACCUUGGCGGCCAAGGAAUUGGGUGAGCGCCAGCUUCAGAGCACCAUCAACCGUGUGGCUCGCCUCGUCAAUGUCGCCAAGAAGCCUGUUCUUUACGUCGGUCAGGGCAUCCUCGCUCAGCCAGAGGGUCCGAAGCUUCUGAAAGAACUUGCCGAUAAGGCUAGUAUUCCGGUCACCACUACCCUGCAGGGUCUGGGUGGAUUCGACGAGUUAGACCCCAAGGCCUUGCACAUGCUGGGUAUGCACGGAUCUGCCUAUGCCAACCUAGCAAUGCAGGAAGCGGAUCUGAUUAUUGCUAUUGGUGCUCGUUUCGAUGAUCGUGUGACUGGAAGCAUCGCCAAAUUCGCCCCUCAGGCUAAGCUGGCUGCUUCAGAAAACCGUGGUGGUAUCGUUCACUUUGAAAUCAUGCCCAAGAACAUCAACAAGGUGGUGCAGGCGAACGAGGCUGUCGAAGGUGACUGCGCCGAAAAUAUUCGCCACCUCCUGCCUCUCGUUGAACCCGUUCCAGAGCGACCUGAGUGGUUUGCCCAGAUCAAUGACUGGAAAUCACGAUUCCCUCUUUCUCUUUACGAGCAGCAGACGCCAGAGGGCCCAAUUAAGCCCCAGGCUUUGAUUGAGAAGCUGAGUGAUCUCACCGCUCACAUGAAGGAUCGCACUAUCAUUACCACUGGCGUGGGGCAACAUCAGAUGUGGGCUGCCCAGCACUUCCGUUGGCGCCGGCCACGCUCUAUGAUCACCUCUGGUGGUCUGGGCACUAUGGGUUACGGUCUUCCAGCUGCUAUUGGUGCCAAGGUCGCCCGUCCUGACUGCCUGGUCAUUGACAUUGAUGGCGAUGCCUCCUUUAACAUGACUCUUACCGAACUUACAACUGCCGCUCAGUUCAACAUUGGUAUCAAGGUCCUCCUUCUCAACAACGAAGAGCAAGGUAUGGUGACUCAGUGGCAAAACCUCUUUUACGAGGAUCGCUUUUCGCAUACUCACCAGAAGAACCCCGAUUUUGUUCGUCUGGCGGAGGCCAUGGGCGUUGCUGCCGACAGGUGUACAUCUCCUUCAGAUGUGGAAGCCAAGUUGAAGUGGUUGAUUGAGAGCGACGGCCCCGCCUUACUUGAGGUCUUCACCGAUCGCAAGGUGCCUGUGCUACCCAUGGUUCCCGGUGGUAGUGGUCUGCAUGAGUUCCUCGUUUUUGACCAAGCCAAGGACAUUGAAAGAAAAGCUUUGAUGAAGAAGAGGAACCCCGACAAUACCAACUGCUGA